AUGUCCCCUUCCCCCCAUCCCUCAGCCCCCUCCUCCCCGGGCUUCCCCUCCCUCUCCUCCCUUCUCCCGCCCUUCUCCCGCCCUUCCCCCGCCCUCUCGCCCUCUCACACCCCAAACCCACACCCCACCCCCGAUACCUCCAGCCCCUCUCCCCCGCUCGCACUUGUUGGCAGAGAGCAAAUGCCUGCUUCUACAAAAGGCAGCCAUAAAAACAACGUCGUCCUCUCGUUCGACUUCACGCCUGUGAGGACAUUGCUCAAAAUUGUCCUCACAUCUGAUGGACAAGUUCUCGUUGAAGGGCCCUUGAAGGAGUUGAACGACGCUGUGCCCCACCGAGCGGAAAGUGAUCCGGGUGUGGACGACUUUGGCAAGUCAUCAGGUCUCCGCCCUAGCGCUUCGCCAGCUUUCAAAACGACUCAGGUUCUCUUGACCCUCCGCGAAGCCCAGUGA